CGGUCCUGCGUCCCACAUCCCCAGCUGUUGACAUUUUAUUGCCAUUACCCAAAGGAUAAAGAAAGGGCCCCUGUUGUUUCAACAAUGGGGGAAAGACGGGGACAAUGGGAAAUUGUGCUGCCAAUGGGGUGGGGACAGAGAAGGAAAGGACAGACAGAUAGACAGAUGGGGGGCUGGACAGAAGGGGUCAGGUUUCUGGAAGCAGCUGGUUCCCACCUUGAGAGCCUCUUCCCAUAGGCGAUGCGCACCCAGGCACCGGAGGGCAGAGCAGGACAAAAAGCUGCCAGUCACUGCUCCCUCCAUCGCUGUGAAGAGACCAGCUUUUAACAGACCCAGCUAGGCUGACUCCCCAUCAUGCAAGGUUGGCUCAAUCUCCCCACACUCUGUCACUUCCUUCUCCUGUGGGCCUUCACCACCUUCCACAGAGCCCUCGGGGACCCAGCAUCCUACCGGGGCCCCCACUACCUCCUGCCCCCCAUCCACGAGGUCAUUCACUCUCGUCGUGGCGCCACGACCACGCUGCCCUGCAUCCUGGGCACCCUGCCUCCCAGCUACAAGGUGCGCUGGAGCAAAGUGGAGCCAGGGGAGCUCCGGGAAACCUCGAUCCUCAUCACCAACGGACUGCAUGCCCGGAGCUACGGGGCUCUGGAGGGCCGAGCCAGGAUGAGGAGGGGGCAUCGGCUGGACGCCUCUCUGGUCAUUGCGGGCGUGCGCCUGGAGGACGAGGGCCGGUACCGCUGUGAGCUCAUCAACGGCAUCGAGGACGAGAGCGUGGCGCUGACCCUGCGCUUGGAGGGUGUGGUGUUUCCGUACCAGCCUAGCCGGGGCAGGUACCAGUUCAAUUACUACGAGGCGAAGCAGGCAUGCGAGGAGCAGGGCGGACGCCUGGCCACCUACGCGCAGCUGUACCAGGCAUGGACCGAGGGGCUGGACUGGUGCAACGCGGGCUGGCUGCUCGAGGGAUCCGUGCACUACCCUGUGCUUACCGCGCGUGCUCCGUGCGGCGGCCACGGUCGGCCGGGGAUCCGCAGCUAUGGGCCCCGCGACCGGAAGCGCGACCGCUACGACGCCUUCUGUUUCACCUCCACGCAGGCAGGCCACGUGUUCUUCGUGCCCGGGCGGCUGACCCUGUCCGAAGCCCAGGCGGCGUGCCGGCGGCGCGGGGCCGUGGUGGCGAAGGUCGGGCACCUGUACGCGGCCUGGAAGUUCUCGGGGCUGGACCAAUGCGACGGCGGGUGGCUGGCGGACGGCAGCGUGCGCUUCCCCAUCACCACGCCUCGGCCGCGCUGCGGGGGCCUCCCUGAUCCCGGCGUGCGCAGCUUCGGCUUCCCACAGCCCCAGCGGGCCAGCUACGGGACCUACUGCUACUCCGAGUAGGGCCACCGCGCCCCUUCCGCACGCGGACAGAGCCUGGGAGUCGUGGCGGGGUCUCUUGCUGCCCUUUCCCUCCAGCCUCUCCUCCCGCCAGAUGAAGAGCAGCCCCUCCCGACCCGCCUCCCGGGCCUCCUGGCGGGUCGGGUCGGGUGUCGGGAGGGGAGGGGUGGCGCCCCGGUGGUGGUGACGGUGACGGGGUGUAGCUACGACCCCGGACCUGCGGAUCAAGGCCCCGUGGCGGUUCGCGUGCCCCCAGCACACAACUCAGCCACUGCUAGGGGGUGGGAGGGCGCCCAGGGGACAUGAACUGACCUCUGUAUACAGCAGUAAAAUAACGGGAAGUUUUUGUGUUGGAUGAAGCUGUAGGCGCAGCGAGGAGUCGAGGGUGAGGGGGAUGAGCUCGAUGAAGCGUGCUGACUGCGCUCUUGAAGGGCUGUUGCCGCUUCGGGGUGAGCCUGCGGGAGGGUGGCGAGGAGGGAGAGCUGCAGGCAUCGAGCCGGGUACAGACGCGGAGAACCCAGGGUGUUCGCCGAGCACCACCAGAGGGCGCCACAAAUUCACCUAAGAUUCCUUCCAAUCCGCCGGAAGCGUUCCAACCCCUAGUCCUACACCCUACCACCGAACAAAUAAAAAGACCUAAAAAUAUUUCUAAAUGCGUUUGUGCCCUGCCAGUCUCCCAGGAGGGUUUUUCAGGACUACUAUUAAAGAAGGGAAAAUUAUACCGUUGUUACAACUAACGGGAAGUCAACCCGGUGGAAGGAGGAGGCGGCAAACACCACACCAGCACGUCCCGCAGGGUUGAUACUUGGGGUGACUGUGCGUUUGGUUUAGCGCUCACCACCACCAUGGCCGCCAGGGAAAAGGGGCAACGGGACCGGAGCACUCUUACCAUCUGGCUAAAGGAAGCAUUCCAGUAACUCUACGUACAAACUCGAAUGCCAUUAAUUCAUUUUUCAUAUAUAUUAUUUUUUAUUUUUUACUGCUCAAGCAAUCUAUCUGCACCACAAAAGCCUGGUCUAGAGAAUAGUAAUGACGAGCAAAGGUCAUGAACUUUCUAAUGGCACUUCGUACAUGUAAACUUGCAUUCCAAGACGGUUCUUGCUAUGAUUGUUAAAGAUGAUUCAUCCCGCCAAAACCGGUUUGGCUCGGUGGAUGGAGCGUCGGCCUGCGGACUGAAAGGUCCCAGGUUCGAUUCCGGUCAAGGGCAUGUGCUUGGGUUGCGGGCACAUCCCCAGAAGGAGAUGUGCAGG